UAGAAGAAAGGAAUCACACAAGCCUUUCUGGAUAACAAAGAGGAAAUGAUAGAGGAUGAUAUCAUUUGGCCCACUCCUAUCAAGCUAGGAGAUGUUGGCAAAAUGAAUCUUCAAUAUGAUGAUUCAGAAGUUCCAGUUGAAUUUCUUACCAAGAAGAGAAGAGCUGAAAGAGAAAGAGAACAAGCAAACAAAGGUGUCAAACAGAAGGUGAAGACCUUGAAGGAUCUGGAUGCACAAGCAAGAACGCUUUCAAGCAAGCAAACUGUGAAUCCUGCCUUGCGUAUUGCACCGUUCCCUGAGGAUGAGCCAGAACAGUCCAGGGAAGUGUCAAAUGUACGCACCAAGGAACGUUCAAUCAAGAUCACUAAGGGCGGAGUUCCUGUACAGUCUGACUCAAAUCCAGUUGCUUCCAGAACAAGAUCUGGACAAGGGUCACCUGCCAGCAAAAUCGCAGAACCCAAGAAGAAGAAGCUUAAGCGUUUGAGGAAGCAGUUCAAUGAUGAACUCACUGUACCUGCUCAGAAACCCAAAUACAACAAACGGAAGACACUUGCAAAUGAACCUGAUGAACCCGAGAAUGAAGAAGAUUUUCUAAUUCACUCCACCAUUGCCAAGACCAUGGACAUCAACUUUCCACCCAAUGAGGUAAACGCUGAAAUCUCAAAUCAAGAGUUUGUUAAUUCAUUGUUUGAUGAUUCUUAUGAUCCUCACAAGACCACACCUCCACCACACCACUCACCAAAACAACUCUCCCCUACUCCAAACCAAAAAGACCUCACUGUGAAUCCCACUGAUCACAGUUCACCAAAAUUUUCUCCUGUCAAAGCUAUGGAUUCCUCUGAUGAGGAACACAUUGUUCAACAAAACGAACCAAGAUCCCAACUGUUCAAUUUCUUUCCACUAACCUUGACAACACAAAUUGACCUACCCUUUCAAAAGCCUCAACAAGGUUCCACACUUGAAAGCCCCACAAAUCAUACCUCCAAGCCAGGUACUCUCUGCACCCUUUCUCAAGUGAGAAAGAGGCGUCUUCAGACGCUAGUUUCCUCUGCCAUUAAACGCAGACGCACUGUAGGAACGUCCAAGGCUUCCUCCAAGGUUUUUCAAGAAAAAUUGAUCAAGAAGAUUGAAAAAUCACCAAACCGUUCUGUGUCCUUUUCAUGGAAGAAACCUUCAGAAGAUGGUUACAAGUUUCACUUGGAGGCCAGCAAGGUACCGGACUGGGAUGAAUGGCAAAUUUGUGCCACUGAAGGAUAUGUUGGUACAAUGUCCUACUCUCUCCUGAACAGAGUCACUGCUUUAAUCAUUGCCUUGGGAAACUGGGUCUAUGUCCUGCUGCCAAGGAACAUUCCAGAAAUUCUCCUGCGUCCAGAAAAACUUCACAUUAUCAAAGGGAAAGGCAAGCUUCAUGAUGAAGGUGAAUGUUCAGCUCCGCUGAACAAUGCAAGUGCUGAAGAAGAUCUCACUCUCUCUGAUGCCGACAAUGAUCAAGGGCAUGAACAGGGGAACUUGGAGCAACCUCUGGAGGCUCAAUUUGUUCGCCGGAGCGACUUUGAAGAUCACAAGAAUCAGAUGAACAACAUCUUCUAUGAUUUGGCUUCCAAGAUUGACCUGCUCCUGAAUCGUUUUGGCUAAUGGCCAAUUUCUCUCCUUAUCGUCCUAUGUUGUUUAAAUUUCUGAACAAUUUGCACUUUAAUUUCUUGCAACUUCUAUCUAUCGUACUCUAAUUCUCUUAUGAAUGCUAGAUCAUUUCUCAA